AUUUCAGGGAAUUUCAAUGAACGGGCUGUGUAGUACAGGUAACAUUUCUGUCCUACACAAAACCAAAGCUGAACUGAAAGAACGUCUACAGUUUGAUACCAACAGCCUUUUACUACCUGACACAACCUAUACUUCUUAUGUUGGUUUGAUCAAUGAUGUUGGUUUGGGACACAAGGCAAAUGUAUCAGAACUUACAUUUGAAGAAGAACCCCAGGCCCCGCCGGUUAAUGUGUCAGUUGAUAAUAUAAGAAAAACGUCUUUCAAUGUCUCGUGGAGUCUGAUAGGACCAAGGCCGGGCCAAGUCACGUACACGGUGAUGCUAACUGCCGACACUGGAGCAGACUCCAAAACAUAUGAUGUUACCGGUUAUAAGCUUCACAAAACUCUGAUUGCUGAUGGACUAGAAGAGUAUUGGAACUAUACUGUGAAAGUCACAGCAAGAACUAAUGUAGGUGAUGCUAAAACAUCGGAUACCACACAAGAAUACAGGACUCUGCCUUCAGCACCUGGAGCUGUUACUGAGUUUGAAGCAGUUAAGGCUGAGCAGCGCUCCGACAAUUUCCACAGAAUGACAAUCCACUGGAAAGCCCCUUCGUUGUUGGAGCGCAACAGUGUGAUAAAGGAAUAUGUGUUAAAAUACAAUGUUGGAAACAUUACAACUAAUUCUGGGGUUGCUGAAGAAUUGAACACAAAGUCCUUCCCGUCUGAGACUGGCGAUGGGUUUUACAGAGAAGAGUUUAAUGUGAUACCUGAAUCAACGUACCAGUUUGAGGUGUAUGCUGUAAACAUUGAUAGUACAGUUGGGAUGAAGAUGACGAUCAACGAAAUGGCCCCAGCUGGAUUCCCUGUCAGCAUUGAGGAAUCUGACACAACUUUACAGGUUGUUAAAGAAGGCUCGAAAGACCAGACUUUUAUUAGUCUGAAUCUCGUGAGGGAGUUCUUCACUGAGGAAACCAAUGGAAGAGUACAGAGGACCGCCUUACUUGGGUGUAAAAACAGUGCAUGUCCGGAAAACAUUCUUGACUAUGCAGACACUCAAGAGAAGGUUGAUGUUCUGGCCAACUGGCAAAAGGCUGCCCAAAAGGGCCUGUAUAGGAUCACCUCAGCUGACUGGUUAACAAAAAACAAGAGAAGGCGUCGAAGCUCUUACACAGAAGUCCCGUACACUGUGGGCAUAGAAAAUUGUAAUGGCGUCACGGAAGGCACAUACUGUAACGGACCACUUGAGCCCAAAACGGAAUAUUUAUUUGUUGCCGUUGUUUGUACCAGUACGGGAUGUACAGUGAGCAAAAAGUAUGGACCUUUCAUUACAGAGGAGACAGCUCCUCAGCCUGUAGGCAUGAUAGUGGGUAUAGUUGUUGGGGUAAUUACAAUCCUUGCCAUUGCCGUUGUUUUGGUCUUUAUUCUAAGAAGACGUAGAAACAAGACUCCAUACAUAAACGAAGAACACAGUGUCGGAAUCGAGAAUAACACCGACAAGGUUUCAACAACAGAUGACAUUCAUUUAAUCGUCUACGAAAAUGUUAUAUCAGGAAAGCAGGGAGAGCUAAAAGCUGCUGGCCAAAAUUACCAUACCGUAAACGUUUCUGGCUGUUGGUCUGAAAUAGAUUAUAAGCUUUGCUUUGCCCCAACGAUCGAUAACGUCAACCAAUUUUGGACAAUGAUUUUUGAGGAGGAUGUUAACACCAUUGUUAUGUUUGCUGAAAGUAAAGCUCAAAAGAAGGAAUUGAGGUAUUGGCCAUCUGAUUUUAAUGAACGAACAAACUACGGGCAUGUAGAUUUGGAAGCAACAUACUUGAAUACACACGAUGCAUAUACUCAUAUGAAAAUGAACAUCUGCAACGUAAGUAAAGUAGCAUGGGUGUUUCAUUUUUUGUUCAUUAAAUUAUCUUUUACACGUUUAACAUAUACAAGUGACUCGUGAUAAA